GUCGAUAUGUGGUUUCGAUCAUUGCAGCUUUAUCUGUGUUCCCAAUUGCCCAUUGAAUGUGGUGACUGGUGAGGGAUAUUUAUACCCCACAGGCUCAUCUCUCUCCCCUUUCCGCCAUGGCUUUCUCUGCAUCUCUUUCUCACAGCUCUUUCUCAUGCCUCACUCACUUCUCCCAAAAUUUUAGAAGAAACCCACUUCAUUUUCAUCCCAUUCGAGCCGUGAAAUCCACUGAGCCGGAGCAGAAGGCAUCGGAGGCCAAAACCCAGGAGCCUUCAAGCUCAAGCUCCACCGCCGCCUCUCCUAAGCCUCCCAAGAAACCCGUCUAUUCAAUGAAGAAGGGUCAGAUUGUGAGAGUUGAUAAAGAGAAGUAUCUUAAUAGCGUUAAUUAUCUAUCCGUUGGACAUCCACCUUAUUUCAAGGGCUUGGACUACAUUUAUGAAGACCGUGGCGAGGUAUUGGAUAUUCGCAUUUUUGAGACAGGAGAAUAUGCACUUAUUGCAUGGGUUGGUGUUCCAACUGCACCAGCUUGGCUGCCUACAGACAUGCUUAUAAAGUCGGAGAAACUCAACUAUGAAAGACUCUAAUCACAGCUUUGAAUCAAAGAUGCUCACUACUUGGUUUGUUUAUAGUUUACACCUUUCCAUAUCUCUGUAAAGAUCUUGUGUAGUUACCUCAAACGCCAUUAAAAAUUCAUCACAAACCUUUCCUUAUCUUGAUGAUGCUUCUGUUGAUAUUUAACAUCAGAUUAUGUAUUAGGGAAAAAAAAAUAAUAUAUGCAACAAGGGUUGGAAGACA